AAUUUGACACGCUUCGCUCCCGUGCAAAAGCUGCCAGCUGACGUUAAGUCAGCGAGACCGACAUAGGCAGACUGUUUAGACUUUCAGAAUUCCAAUUAUUCUUGUAACUUUGUCCUAUGAUGCCUUUGACCAAAGAUGCGAACGAAAAGGACGAGAAAUUGCGCAGGCUGCAGGAAAAACUGCCCCUGAAGACCAGUGGACCGCGUAGGCAGUCGAUGCUUUCUGUAAAAGAUUCCUGGCACUGGCUGCGCAGCAACCUCUGGGCUCUCCCUUUGAUGCACACUCACAUAUGGCUGUCGGCCGGUCAGUCUCUGCUGCAGCCUUUCUUUCCGCCCUUGGCUUCAACUAAAGCCAUUCCUGCUUGGAAAUAUGGUUUUACGUUUUCUUCAUUUAAGGCUUUCAUAGCAAUUGGUUCCUUCACUUCACAAAGCCUGAUAGCAUGGACGUCGCCAAAGUUUGUGUAUCUAUUAGGCUUGACAGGAUUCUUCUUGGCCUGCGCAAGCUUCGCUCUUCUUUACUGGUGCCCUAAUGCCGAAUCUCUGCUGGGUGGAUCGAUAGCAGCAGCAUCUCUGGGUGGAUUUAUGGAAGGCGUGUAUAUCGUCACACUUUACGCAAUGUGCACUGACACGUUUCUCCAUAACAAGGGAGUAAUAAUCGCAAUAAUGGACGGCAUGUAUGGACUCGGAUGCAUGCUAGGUUCAGUGGUUGGUGGCGCCCUUAUCGACCUGUGGGCAUUCCCUUUGCCGUAUUUUGUGUGCGGCAUCCUGCUCAUGGGUGCAAUGCCGUAUUUCAUAGCGAAGGGAACUGCUCCACCAAUUCAAAGGACAGACACAUCUUUGUCAACGAAGUCGGAAUUACAAUCGAGCUACUACAGACUUCUUGCCAAUCCUCGCUUCAUGAUCAACAUGGGUUCUGUGUCGCUCACAUUCGUCAUGCUUGGAUUUUACGAGCCCACACUGGAGCCCUACGUUCGGCAGUUUCACUUGACCAGCACAGAAGUGGGCACAAUCUUCAUGGUGACGUACGGCUCCUACUUUCUCGGAUCCAUUACGGCAGGCAUGUGCUGUCAUUUCAGGCAAGAAGCAUUCAUCGAAUUCUUCGGUGUGUCCGUCUCCGUCAUAUCUUUCCUUGUUGUUGGUCCAGCUCCAUUCCUUCAUUUGAGCCCAGCUCUUUGGCUAAUUUACCUCUCUCAGGUCUGCGUCGGCUUUUCAGCAGGAACACUUUUUACCAGCUGCUACUACAAUGCAUACAACGUCGCAUUAGAGUACGGUCACCCGGAAACAAUCACAACAAGCGCAUUUGUUUCAAGUUCCACCAUAUUGUUCCAAAUGUCUGGCGCUAUCGUCACUCCCCCCGCUGCCGGUUACAUUGUCGAGGCAGUCGGCUUCAGAGUGGGCUCCAUGGUCAUGUUCGGGAUCCUUCUAUUAUGGGUGCCGUUUACUUUCGGGCUGUGGAUGCAUUCACUCAUUCGACACGUCAAAAACACGUAUCGCUUAAGCUGAGACGUAGUGUGAAGCUAUUCAUCCGUAAGUUGCAGAAGGAGAAGCGUCAACCACUUACGUAUAAUUAUGUCGUUUAAAAUUUACCGCUGUUCUCCUGCUGGGUCGAAGACUGCUGCGCGGCACUACUGCCACUACGAAGAACUAAAGCCCUGCUAAGUUCCUUUUAUUACUAUUCAAGAAGAAAUAAACGUUGGAGUCCCGGUAUUGUUGAAGAGCAAUAAGGCAUACACGAGAAUAAAACUUCAUUU